AUGGCAGCCAAGCGAUGUGCGUGGGAGACCAGACAUGAUAUCUGUGGGGUUACUUUGUCUGAUCCGGCUGAGUUGUCUCUUGUUACAGGGGCAACAUGCUCGGGUAUGGCUUCCAUUCCUGCAGCUCAGAUCAACGAGACUUCAGAGGGACUUGCCUUCGUGACCCAUGCAAGAUUGCAAGAGCUCUCAACGAUACGAACCAGCCGACCGUGCGCUCUGAUUCUCAAAGGGUUCAUCUCCCAGAAGAUUGUCAGCCUCGGUAUCGCAUCGAACCGCGUGCAUCAGAUAGUUCUUACGUUGUGGGAUGGCGUAGCUUCUUUAGUAGAGGCUCGCGCUGUAUCCUUGGUGAACCUUGCCGUUGAUGAAAUGGAUUUCAUCAACAAAACCCAUUCAGAUGAUGAACUUGCGUUGCGUGAUGAGUCAAAGCUGCCAGUUUUGUUUGAGAUGCGUCAAGCAGAGGCGGCUUCUUCUGAUUGGAAGGCAUACGGAACAGUGGCAGCGUUCAACGUGUACGUUGAGUCGUUACUGAAGUCCUUGGGUCUCUUGGGUCAGUCCAUCCUGCAUAAGACUACUGAGAAGCAAGACUACUUUGUGCGCAGAGUUCAGAUUCCAUCCGGUUCUCGCGAUGCCGUUUACCGGCGUUCAGGUGCAUGCUCAGUUCAGUGCCGUGCAAUUCGGGGACCACGGGAUCCACAAGAAAUCGGUCUAGAGGUUAUGAAAGUGCACGGUGAGCGAAACCUCGCGGAAUUCUUCAAGUUUGGAGAAGGUCUUGAAGGGCACUUGGGAGUAUUUGCCUCGCAAGGCGCGACGUAUGUUAGGAUUGCAGAUUCUCAUCUAGCGGCAGCCCGUGCACACUGGUUUCCUGGCGAUGAAAGAUUCAACGAGGCUAACUCCGCAGUCAAGUGCUCCAUGACGUUCCGCAUACAAGGACUCCCCGCAGGCUCAUCAAUGAAUGACGUGAUCACCGCGGCUAAGACGUUUGACUGGGAUAUAGUGCCCAUUCGAAUUUACCACUAUCAAGAGUUAGCUUCAGCCAUCGUUGCAGCACAGGUUGAGCCGAAGCAGACCCGUGUUGCUACCAGUCUUGGCACUCUUCUCGUCACGGAGGAAGUACGACAGUACCGGAAGGCCAACAGAAAGGAUUCGUGUCAAUCGCAGCCCCAAGGAGAGUCUCUAACACCAUCCUCAACUUCUUCGAGUUCGGCAGCUGUCAGAGCCCUCAACUUCGCCACACGUCGGCCAGGUCCGUCGUUGUUGCCUCCCCCCGAUGCGGUCAUCCAUGGCAGAGUGGAUGCUCUAGAGAAGCAGUUGGGGCAAGCAGUUAAAGAUAUUGAGGCUUUACGAAGUGAUCAAAUCGACACCAAAGAACAGCUGAGGGACUUGAAAAGUUCUCAAGAUGUAGGUUUUAGGGACCUUCUUAUGGCGAUUCAAGAGCUCAAAGCUGGCAGCUUCGCAUCAAACAGCUCUCCGGCGCACGCCGUUUCUCCACCUUCCAAGCAACAGCGAGUUUAA